CAACAUGAGGAACUGUAUUAAAGGGUUGCGGCAUUAGGAAGGUUGAGAACCACUGCUCUAGAGCUUAGUCCCUGUUCUCUAAAGGGCUAGGAGUUGAUCUUGACUCUUGCCAUCUCAUCCAGACAUUUCCGACCACCCUCCCCCACCUCUGGACAGGAUCCUCCUCCUCUUGAGAAUUCAGGCCACUGUUGGGAUCAGGAAAGGCAGCAUGGAAGAGUGUGUGAAUGACUGGGAGGAGAGUUCCCAUGGACGCUGGGGACAUGGGAAGGCCCAGGGGAGUUGCUGUGACCCUGGGUCUCUUCCUAGAGCAGUGAGUGCUGGGGAGAGAGAGACAUCAGCUGCUGGACAAAUUUCCAGUGCAGAAAAGCCCCGUUAGGACAGACACAUUGGGGCCGAGAGUAAUCUAGGGAAGGAACAAAGGCAUGAAGGGGGACUCUCCAGAGUGUAGCCCACAUUUUCUCCAUCUGCGUAGCCAUAAGGUACUUUCCUUUUCCUAAUCAAGGGUGGAUGAUCAAUGAGCAUUCCUAAGCUUCAGUAUCAACCUGGUGAGGUUUUCAGCUUGGCCAGCCACUGGAAAGCAGAGUAACUGUCCAGGGAUGCCCACUGGACAACAAUAGUACACAUUUUGGAGCCAGCCAGACCUGGGUUCAGAUCUCAGCACUGCCAUUUCCUAGCUGUGUUCCUUGGACAAGUCAUUUAGCCUUGGGGAAGCUCAGUUCCCUGGUCUGUCAACAAACUGCUACUUACCAUAUAGUAGAGAGGUUUGAAACGUAAAUACCUAGAACAGAGUAGGCACCAAUGCUGGUAACUGUCAUUUCUGUAACCCCCCAGGCAGUAUAAAGAGCUCUGGAGAUGUGAGGGAAGUCCCAGUUGCUUCAAACUCCUGAACAAAUCUCCUUGGUCCAGAAAGCAUCCUUGAAGAUAUUGAAACCAAGACCCGAGAGCCUGCCUCCCACAAUUGGAGCAUUAAAUUUACAUCUCACAUUGUUCAUAAGAAUAUUUGAGGCCGUAUAACUCAAGGAAGAACCCAGGAGCUCUCCCCAUCCUUGCCUCUCUAUUUCCAUCUCUGUUCUCCAUAUCAAGUCCAUCUCUGAUCCGGCCACUUAUGUCCAUGAGAACUAAAAUAUUUAACCUGGCUAAGGGCCCUUUUCCAUUUGGUCUUUCAUUACUCUCCAGUGCCUGGAGUCCAUCCUGAAACUCAGCAGAUGGGGGGUUAAGACCGAUGCCCUGUCCUAUCUCCUCCCCUCUCCAUUCCUGACUUCAAAGUCUCCAUAAAGCCCGCUGUUGCUUCCCUGACCCCGUAGUGGCAGCUUCAUCAUCGGCUCUUGGCCAGUUCAAAACAGACGCUGAGCCCUGGCCCCGGCUGCUCACAGUCCACGUCCAGGCCACCUCCUGCGGACUGGGCUGAAGCCUAGGAACCCUGCUGCCAACAUCUGGGGGCAGGAUCAUGUCCGCUAACAAAGGCUGGUGGGUGCCACCCGAAGGUGAAGACAGCGUGUCUGAGAAGUUCCUGAGGAAGACCAGGGAGUCUCCACUGGUGCCUAUAGGCUUAGGAGGCUGCCUAGUGGUGGCGGCAUACAGGAUUUACCGGCUGAAGGCUCGUGGUUCCACCAAGAUGUCCAUACACCUGAUUCAUACCCGAGUGGCAGCGCAGGCCUGUGCUGUGGGUGCAAUCAUGCUAGGUGCUGUGUACACAAUGUACAGAGACUAUAUCAAGAGAGCAACGCAGGAUGUGGGGGAGAAGUAGGUUUCUACAGCCAAGGGCAGUCAGACCCUCUCACAGCAAUCCCUGGUAUGUUCCUAAUAAAGGAAUUUUGCAGAAAACUGACAGUCUCUUCUUCACCUGGGAUAGAAGAUGAAGGGAUUGGCAGUGGCUGGUGGGGGAGCUUAGAGCAAAGGGUUGGAGAUCAGAGUUGUGGCUCUGAACUUCAGGGCAACAGAAACUCUCAGCGGGGCAGAAAGAGAGGUGCAGUAGACCUCCGAUCCCAGAAACCCAACAAUUCCCAAGCCAACUCAGGCCCACCUGGAAGAGCAUGGUAGACAGGACGCCAGGAAUGGAGUGGGGGCAUUAGUAGCCUCCAUGCUCAUGGGAACACUGGAUUAAAAGGCUGCUUCCCUGCCUUGACCGGUUUGGCUCAAUGGAUAGAGCGUUGGGCCGUGGACUGAAAGGUCCCGGGUUCGA